AUGACAUCUUCAGGUGGACCAAGUACACAUCUUGGAAUGCAUUCCACCAUGGCGAGCCAGAUAGGCAUACGUGCCCCGCCGUCGGACUUUGGCUUAACAGUGGGUGUGCCAGCGCCGACGAUGGGUUAUGAGAUCCAAGCUACCCAUAGCGGUGAUUCUUCUUCUGAUUCACAAUCUCCUGGUAUGCCCACAGCCAAAGCUAGUGAUCGGGAAUCCCGUAUUAUAGCAGAAAAACAACGUCGAAGUCAAUAUAACACCCAAAUAGGUCUGAUAAUGUCCUUGUUGUCUGACAUAGUGCACUCGCAACGUAAGGUUGAUAAGACGAGUGUGUUGAGACUCGCCGCCAACAAGCUCCGCAACGAGCAUGUGUUCGGUGAUACAAUCAAAUGUGGCCAUAUAGAGACAUGGUCUUCUUCGUUCUUAAAGUUUUUUGACUUGUUUGGGGGUGUUAUGUUUGGUGUCACAUGCCGUGGACGUUUGUUCAUCGUAUCCCCAAAUGUUCAAGAAAAAUUGGGAUAUUGUCAUAUAGAUCUCCUUGGCCAAGACAUGUAUACCUAUGUUCAUCCAGAUGAUAAAGAAACUCUUCGCCAUCAUAUCUAUCCUCAAGAACUCCAAACAAGCUGUGACAGCAGACUAUUUGAACAUCACCAUAAUUUCCAUAUCCGCAUUAUGAGGGCUGGUGCUCGGUCAGAUCCUGCUAGAUACGAACGCUGCCGCAUAGAUGGUAUUUUGAGACGCUCUGACAAAGCAACAUCUAAUGGUGUGCAAGAUGAGCAAAUCAUUAGAAGGCAAAGAGUUAGAACCAACAGAACAUUUUCAUCCAGUGGAAAUGAUGUAGUUUUCAUUGGCAUGAUUCAUGUAUUGUCUAGUUCUAUGCCAGCUCGGAUUCUGCCCCCAACAGCUUAUUCUGAAUACUGGACAAGACAUUUGAUUGAUGGCCGCAUAGUACAGUGUGACCAGAGUAUAUCACUAGCUAUUGGCUACAUGACAGAAGAAGUAACUGGAACAUCGGCUUUUGUAUUUAUGCAUAAAGAUGAUGUCCGCUGGGUCAUUUGUGUAUUACGUCAAAUGUAUGAUGAAAGUAGAGAAUUUGGUGAAUCUUACUACCGACUCAUGUCACGUUCUGGACAUUUUAUAUACAUGAGAACACGAGGAUUUUUGGAAAUAGAUAGAGCCACAAAGAAAGUACAGAGUUUUGUUUGUGUCAAUAGUGUCAUUGGAGAAGAUUAUGGUUGUCGAAUGAUGGAAGAAAUGAAGAGAAAAUAUUCUGUUAUAAUUGAUGUAGAAAAACAACAAGCUGAAGUGGCAGCCAAUGAUGAUGUCCCGGUAGAACAUCCUAAGCGUUUAGAACGCAUUGUUAUGCAUCUUGUUGAGCCAUCAGUUAAUGAAAACAUAGAUGAGCUGCAACUAGUACCUCCUUCGAAAGAAAACAUAAUUUCUGCAAUUCAGAAUAGUGAAAAAGUUGUCCAGGAGACAGGAGUGAGGUUUGACUCAAGGAAAAGAAGGAAGGUAGAUUGUGAUGACACUAGUGAAUAUUUAAAGAGACACAGUGGACUGCAAGAUGUUAAUGAAGUAGAUCUGUAA